CCGGAGAGGCUCCGCCCGCCGCUCUCCUAAAAAUAACUCGGCCCGUUGGGGCCGGGACGAGCCGCAGCCGUCCAGAGCGCAGCCCGCGAGGCGCGCCGAGCCCGGGUCUGCGCGAGACCGAGUAGGAGCCCGGGGCGGUCCGCGCUGCCCGCUCCCCGGCCGAGGGCCCAGUCCUGCCGGACCCCGCUCCGGCUGCUUGGCUUUGGGCGGCGGGAGGCCGGCGACGGUGCGCAGCGGUCCCGGUCCCCCCCGCAGCGGGAGAUGGCGUCCUACGUGGAUAACAGCUUCCGCCAAGCGGUGAUGAAGAACCCCGCCGACAGGACCCCCCAGGACCUGGAAAUAGUGUAUUCCUAUUUACAUGGCAUGGAGGCCUUGUCAAACCUGAGAGAGCAUCAACUUAGGUUAAUGUGUGAAACUGUGAGAUAUGAAAGACACGAAGCAAAUGAAGUUCUAUACUAUCCUGAUGAUAUUGGGACCUGCUGGUAUAUCCUUCUUUCUGGUUCCGUGUUCAUUAAGGAGUCCAUGUUUCUUCCAAGGAGCAGUUUUGGCAAGCGUUCUGCAGGAAGCUUUAGGCGUGGCUGUGAGUGCAUUGUGUUAGAGCCUUCUGAAAUGAUUGUGGUGGACUAUAUGGAUGAAAAUGAAGAAUAUUUCCAACGUCAAGCCUCCCAUAGACAGUCUCGAAGAAGAUUUAGAAAAAUCAACCAGAAAGGUGAACGACAAACAAUUAUUGACACAGUGGACCCUUACCCUGUGGGCAAGCCACCUUUACCUAGAGGCUAUCAUACGGAAUGCACUAAAUCCCAGCUCCCUGCAGAUUUCACGAAACUGCACCUUACUGACAGCCUGCACCCACAGGUGACCCACGUUUCCUCCAGCCACUCAGGAUGUAGCAUCACCAGCGACUCUGGGAGCAGCAGCCUUUCUGAUAUCUACCAGGCCACAGAGAGUGAGGCUGGUGACAUGGACUUGAGUGGACUGCCAGAGACGGCAGUUGAUUCUGAAGACGAUGAUGAUGAGGAAGACAUCGAGAGGGCAUCAGACCCUCUGAUGAGCAGAGACAUCGUUAGGGACUGCCUGGAGAAGGACCCAAUCGACAGGACCGAUGAUGACAUCGAACAACUCUUAGAAUUUAUGCACCAGCUGCCUGCCUUUGCCAACAUGACAAUGUCAGUGAGACGGGAGCUCUGUGCUGUGAUGGUGUUUGCUGUGGUGGAGAGAGCCGGGACCAUUGUGCUGAACGACGGUGAAGAGCUGGAUUCCUGGUCAGUGAUUCUCAAUGGUUCUGUGGAAGUGACUUACCCAGAUGGGAAAGCAGAAAUCCUGUGCAUGGGAAACAGUUUCGGUGUUUCUCCCACCAUGGACAAAGAAUAUAUGAAAGGGGUGAUGAGGACGAAGGUGGAUGACUGCCAGUUUGUCUGCAUCGCCCAGCAAGACUACUGCCGAAUUUUGAACCAAGUAGAAAAGAACAUGCAAAAAGUUGAGGAGGAAGGGGAGAUUGUUAUGGUGAAAGAGCACCGGGAACUGGAUCGGACCGGAACAAGGAAGGGCCAUAUUGUCAUCAAGGGCACCUCAGAGAGGUUAACCAUGCAUUUAGUGGAAGAGCAUUCCGUAGUAGAUCCAACAUUCAUAGAAGACUUCCUGUUGACCUAUCGGACUUUCCUUUCUAGCCCAAUGGAAGUGGGCAAAAAGUUAUUGGAGUGGUUUAAUGACCCGAGCCUCAGGGAUAAGGUGACACGGGUAGUACUACUGUGGGUGAAUAAUCACUUCAAUGACUUUGAAGGAGAUCCUGCAAUGACUCGAUUUCUAGAAGAAUUUGAAAAUAAUCUGGAAAGAGAGAAAAUGGGUGGACAUCUGAGGCUGUUAAAUAUUGCAUGUGCAGCGAAAGCCAAGCGAAGGUCCAUGACACUGACAAAGCCAUCCCGGGAAUCCCCUCUGCCCUUCAUCUUGCUGGGAGGCUCCGAGAAGGGCUUCGGCAUCUUUGUGGACAGCGUUGAUUCAGGCAGCAAAGCCACUGAAGCGGGCUUGAAGCGAGGGGAUCAGAUAUUAGAGGUAAAUGGUCAAAAUUUUGAAAAUAUCCAACUUUCAAAGGCCAUGGAAAUCCUUAGAAAUAACACACAUCUGUCUAUCACUGUGAAAACCAACUUAUUUGUAUUUAAAGAACUUUUAACCAGAUUGUCUGAAGAGAAAAGAAAUGGAGCCCCUCACCUUCCUAAAAUUGGAGAUAUCAAAAAGGCCAGUCGCUACUCCAUUCCAGAUUUGGCAGUAGAUGUAGAGCAGGUGAUAGGGCUGGAGAAGGUAAACAAGAAAAGUAAAGCCAACACUGUCGGGGGUAGAAACAAGCUAAAGAAGAUACUUGACAAGACACGGAUCAGUAUCUUACCUCAGAAACCAUACAAUGAUAUUGGGAUUGGUCAGUCUCAAGAUGAUAGCAUUGUAGGACUGAGGCAGACCAAGCACAUCCCAGCAGCCCUGCCUGUUAGUGGGACCCUGUCUUCCAGUAACCCCGACCUGCUGCAGUCACAUCACCGCAUUUUGGACUUCAGCACAACUCCUGACUUGCCUGAUCAGGUACUCAGGGUUUUCAAGGCUGACCAGCAAAGCCGGUACAUCAUGAUCAGUAAGGACACCACGGCGAAGGAAGUGGUCAUACAAGCCAUCAGAGAGUUUGCUGUCACUGCCACCCCAGACCAGUAUUCUCUGUGUGAGGUUUCUGUCACGCCAGAGGGAGUUAUCAAACAAAGACGGCUUCCAGAUCAGCUUUCCAAGCUUGCUGAUAGAAUACAGCUGAGUGGAAGGUACUAUCUGAAAAACAAUAUGGAAACAGAAACACUGUGCUCAGAUGAGGAUGCUCAGGAGCUACUGCGAGAGAGCCAAAUCUCCCUCCUUCAGCUCAGCACUGUGGAGGUGGCCACACAGCUCUCAAUGAGAAAUUUUGAACUCUUCCGCAACAUUGAACCUACUGAAUACAUAGAUGAUUUAUUUAAACUCAAGUCAAAAACCAGCUGUGCCAACCUGAAGAAAUUUGAGGAAGUCAUUAACCAGGAAACAUUUUGGGUGGCUUCUGAAAUUCUGAGAGAGACAAACCAGCUGAAGAGGAUGAAGAUCAUUAAGCACUUCAUCAAGAUUGCACUGCACUGUAGGGAAUGCAAGAAUUUUAACUCAAUGUUUGCAAUUAUCAGUGGCCUAAACCUUGCACCAGUGGCAAGACUGCGAACCACCUGGGAAAAACUUCCCAAUAAAUACGAGAAGCUAUUCCAGGACCUGCAAGACCUGUUCGAUCCUUCCAGAAAUAUGGCCAAGUACCGCAAUGUCCUCAGUGGCCAGAACUUACAGCCUCCCGUCAUCCCCCUGUUCCCUGUCAUCAAGAAGGACCUCACGUUCCUCCAUGAGGGAAAUGACUCAAAAGUUGAUGGGCUGGUCAACUUUGAGAAGCUAAGGAUGAUUGCAAAAGAAAUCCGUCAUGUUGGCCGAAUGGCAUCAGUCAACAUGGACCCUGCCCUCAUGUUCAGGACCCGGAAGAAGAAGUGGCGGAGUUUGGGGUCGCUGAGCCAGGGUAGUGCGAAUGCCACAGUGUUAGAUGUCGCUCAGACAGGUGGGCAUAAAAAGCGGGUACGUCGGAGUUCCUUUCUCAAUGCCAAAAAGCUUUAUGAAGAAGCCCAAAUGGCUCGGAAGGUGAAGCAGUACCUGUCGAACCUGGAGCUGGAGAUGGAUGAGGAGAGUCUUCAGACGCUGUCGCUACAGUGUGAGCCAGCAACUAGCACAUUGCCCAAGAAUCCUGGUGACAAAAAGCCAGUCAAGUCUGAGACCUCCCCAGUGGCUCCACGAGCAGGGUCACAGCAGAAAGCACAGCCUCAGCAGCCGCAGCCGCAGCCAGCACAUAAAGGCGGCCAGGGACUGCAGGUUCCUGCUGUGUCCCUUUACCCUUCACGAAAGAAAGUACCGGUGAAGGAUCUGCCACCUUUCGGCAUAAACUCUCCACAAGCUUUAAAGAAAAUUCUUUCUUUGUCUGAAGAAGGGAGUUUGGAACGUCACAAGAAACAAACAGAAGACACAAUGUCUAGUGCAUCUUCACAGUUGUCUCCUCCCACUUCUCCCCAGAGCUCACCAAGGAAAGGUGGCAGUGGAUGUCAGCUGAGAUCUUUUGGCUCCUGGCAGUUGGACUUAACCAGCUCCUCCUCUUCUCAUGGAAGUGAGAACAGUAACAAGAAUAACAAUGCUCCUCCGAGGACCUGUGGGAUAGGUUAUACUUUGGCUCCCAGUGGUACUGUGGAUAACUUUUCAGAUUCUGGUCACAGUGAAAUUUCUUCACGAUCUAGUAUUGUCAGCAAUUCGUCUUUUGACUCAGUUCCAGUCUCUCUGCAUGAUGAACGGCGCCAGAGGCAUUCUGUCAGCAUUGUGGAGACCAACCUAGGUGUGGGCAGGAUGGAGCGGCGAACCCUGAUUGAGCCCGAUCAGUACAGCUUAGGGUCCUAUGCACCAGUGUCUGAAAGCCGAGGCUUGUAUGCCACAGCAACCAUCAUCUCUUCUCCUAGCACAGAGGAGCUUUCCCAUGACCAAGGGGACCGUGCUUCCCUCGAUGCUGCUGACAGUGGUCGUGGGAGCUGGACGUCAUGCUCAAGUGGUUCUCACGAUAACAUACAGACCAUCCAACACCAGAGAAGCUGGGAGACAUUGCCGUUUGGGCACACUCACUUUGACUAUUCAGGGGAUGCUUCAGGCAUAUGGGCCUCUGGUAGCCAUAUGGACCAAAUUAUGUUUUCUGAUCAUAGCACAAAGUAUAACAGACAAAAUCAAAAUCGAGAGAGUCUUGAACAAGCCCAAUCCCGGGCAAGCUGGGCAUCUUCCACAGGCUACUGGGGAGAAGACUCAGAAGGUGACACAGGCACCAUCAAGCGAAGGGGUGGUAAGGAUGUCUCCAUUGAGGCAGAAAGCAGCAGCAUGGCGCCUGUGACCACAGAAGAAGCCAAGCCUGUCCCCAUGCCUGCCCACAUAGCUGUGACAGCGAGUACCACAAAGGGGCUCAUUGCACGGAAGGAGGGCAGGUACCGCGAGCCGCCACCCACCCCUCCAGGCUACGUGGGCAUCCCCAUCACCGACUUCCCUGAAGGGCCUUGCCACCCAGCCCGCAAGCCCCCGGACUACAAUGUGGCCCUGCAGCGGUCCCGCAUGGUGGCACGGCCCGCCGAGACCCCCAGCCCCGGGCAGACGCCACCCACCGCCCCCAGGCCCACCAGCAAGCCACAGUGGCACCGACCCAGUGAUGCAGACCCGCGCCUUGUGCCCUUCCAGCCACAGGGUUUCGCUGCCGACGAGGAUGAAGAUGAACAAGUGUCUGCUGUUUGAGGCGCAGGCUUCUCAGUGUGGAGUAAGCCACCUAAAGGAGAGCACAAGAAGACGUCCCAAGCCUUGGCGCCUUCGCACCCACAGCCUGAGGAUGGUGGACCAGUUUGCCUCCUUCCUGCCUUAAAAGCAGCAUGGGGCUUCUUCUCCCCUUCUUCUUCCCCCUUUGCAUGUGAAAUACUGUGAAGAAAUUGCCCUGGCACUUUUCAGACUUUGUUGCUUGAAAUGCACAGUGCAGCAAUCUGAGUUCCUAUGGUUGCUGCCUGCCACAUCACACAGUAUCAUUCCAAAUUCCAAGAUCAUCACAAGGUGAUUCACUCUGGCUGCACUUCUCGAUGCCUGGAAGGAGUUUUCGGUCUUCAUCGUCGAUUUCAGUCCAGUCCUCGCCCUCGAGCUCAUUGGAAGUUGAGAAAAGCUAGCCUUUGAACUCCGUGGGCCCUUGAACCCCCUAAGGAAGACAAAGACAGACAGUGAAGUUCUUUGAGUACAGUCCUUGUCUACUUGUUUACAAUAUCCUUUUUUUAAAAAAAACAAAUAAGUUUAAAGAUUGUGUUCAGAGAGUAAAUGUUAUAUCCAUUUAAUGAUUACAGUAUUAUUUUGAACCUUAAGUAGGAUUGCCAGCCUGGGUUUCUGAAAAACCAAAUAUGCCGGACAGGGUAUGGCCGCACCAAGGGAAGACUUGGCUAUGACCCUGUCUUCCCACGUCCUUCUGGCCUCGCCUGUGAAGUGCCCUAUCCCAUAAGCAUCAAAUGUUAGCCAAUUACUUACAUACCAAGACUCCUCAUGCACUUGUUCCCCAGUGGGUGAGGUUCUUCUGUAAAACUGUUUGCACAUGGCCAGGGGAGGGAACUAGGACUCGUGUGUCCCGUCUGAGCCUUAUGAGGCAGGACUGUGUCAUUUGAGGGUGUGUCCUGCUCAGUUGCAAUGGAUGGCAACCCCUGUUUUUAAGUUAUAUUUUUCCAUGUUUGUUCAUUUAGAGUUUUAGAGUUUUUGGUUUUAUUUUUAAAAGAAACAGUUAUAACUGGAUAGCAUUGCAGUACGGCAGCUUGGGUGUUGGAGCCCGUGCCAGCUGUUAAUACUGCUCUUUCAGGACAGCCUCCCUUUGUUGAAUUGGCAUUAGAGAAUAAGUCUCUAAAUAUGAUUAAAGAUCAAAAACCUGGUUACAUACGCCAGCCUUUGCAAGGUGGGUUAGUCACCAAAGACUGACCUGUAAGUGGCUUUAUGGACGCUGCGUGUAGAGAAAGCCUAAGUGUAGCGCCCGUCUGCUCACAGCUGCUAUUAACCCUAGAAUGACUGAAAAUGACCCCACCACUCUAUUUUUGUGUUGUUUUUGCACAGACUCCGGAAAAGUGAAGGCUGCCAAUCCGAGUAGUCCUCAAAUGUGAGGAACUGCUGGUCUUGGGUUUUUCCAUUAAAUUCAGCUGAUCAUAUUGAUCAGUAGAUAAAGGUAAAUAGCUUCAAAUUUUAAAAGUCGAAUUGCAGUGUUUUUUCACUGUAUCAAACAAUGUCAGUGCUUUAUUUAAUAAUUCUCUUCUAUGUCAUGGCAUUUGUCUACUUAUAUAUUACAUUGUCAGUUAUGCAUUUGUAAUUUUACAUGUAAUGUGCAUUAUUUGCCAGUUUUACUAUAUAGGCUAUGGACCUCAUGUGCAUAUAGAAAGACAAAAAUCUAGCUCUAUCACAAAUUGCACAAAUGUUAUCUAAACAUUAAGUAAUUGUAGAACAUAGGACUGCUAAUCUCAGUUCGCUCUGUGAUGUCAAGUGCAGAAUGUACAAUUAACUGGUGAUUUCCUCAUACUUUUGAUACUACUUGUACCUGUAUGUCUUUUAGAAAGACAUUGGUGGAGUCUGUAUCCCUUUUGUAUUUUUAAUACAAUAAUUGUACAUAUUGGUUAUAUUUUUGUUGAAGAUGGUAGAAAUGUACUAUGUUUAUGCUUCUACAUCCAGUUUGUAUAAGCUGGAGAAUAAAUAAAUAUAACAUAAAGCCUU